ACACAAUCAUUAUUCAAUUAUACACUGAAUAAGUUUCUAUGAAUAAAACUUGCGAAAAAUUAAAACAAUUCAUGAAUUUGAUUUAAAAUCUUAUUAUAAAAUUGCCUUAGUAACUAAAAGAAAUGUAUUUGUCUUUUCUUUUCUCCUUUUUUUUAAAUGAAUAUAAAACUACUACUUAUAUAAAUUAAUAUAAAAAAAGACUUCGUUACAUACUACUUAGAAGAAAAACAAAUAAACCAUUGUGAUUAGUGAGAGAGAAAAAAGAAUGUUAUUCCAUCUUAUUCUAAUUCAUUGUAUUGUUUAUAUGAUCAAUGCUCAAGGUUGUACAAUGGACGAUGGGAGAGUUUUAUCCCCCGGUGAAGAAGUUCGAUUAGCAAACUUUCCAUGUGCAAUAUGCCGUUGUGAUCCAAAUACACGUGAAGUUGUUUGUGAAACAGAAACUUGUCCAAGUUUGCAAUGUGGAGAAGAUGAAGGACAACUUCUAGAACCUGGUCAAUGUUGCCCAGAAUGUGUUGCGAAGAGUCGUGUGGAACCAGUACUACCCCAAGCUACACCUCGUACAUAUACUGACGAACCAAGGUCGACAAGAACACCAAGACCAACUGCCGAACCAGCACAAACUUUACCACCUCCACCCCCACCAUUACCUGAUGGGUCUCCAGGACUUAGAGGACCUGUUGGACCGCCUGGACCUCCUGGACCACCGGGAGAUCCUGGUUUUGAUGGUGAAAACGGAUUGCCUGGUAUGCCUGGUCUCCCAGGUCCACCCCCUCAAGAUGUCGAUGACUACAUGCAACGUUCUAGAGCAAUGGUAAAAGGUCCAGUUGGUGAAAAUGUAACCAUGUAUCAAGAUAUCCGGGUAACAAUGGGUUCAGUUGGGAAUCGUGGACAACCAGGACCAACUGGUGAACCUGGUCCUAAGGGUCCACUUGGAUCUAUUGGUCGACCUGGCAUGCCUGGUGCAGCAGGAAUUCCUGGUCCACACGGCCCUCAAGGAGGACAAGGGUUGCGUGGUCUACCUGGUUCAGUCGGGAAGACCGGUGACCCUGGAGCAGUUGGAUCAAGAGGUCCCAGGGGUGACAGGGGUCCACGAGGGGAACCCGGACCUCCGGGUCCAUUUGGACCGUCAGGUGAGAAAGGCCAACGUGGACAAUCUGGCAAACGUGGUCCUAUGGGAGCAGAAGGUAGAGUUGGUCCCGAAGGUCCACCAGGGACACCUGGGAAACCGGGUGAUCCCGGGGCUGCUGGAGAACCUGGGCAUAUCGGUCCACCAGGACCUCCAGGAGAACGUGGAGCCCCAGGACAAAUGGGCCCACCUGGCCCACCUGGAAGGGCUGGAGACAAAGGAGCUUCAGGUCCAGUUGGACGUGAUGGGCUCAAGGGAGACAGGGGUGAAAAAGGUGACAUGGGAGACAGUGGGACGGUUGGUGUUCCUGGCCUUGUUGGUAAUACUGGAAUUCGUGGUGAGAGAGGCGAAAAGGGCGAUAGAGGACCCACUGGGCCACGAGGGGAACCGGGCCCAGUGGGAGCUCCAGGGCAGAGAGGGUCAGACGGCCCUAUGGGGCACCCUGGACCGCAAGGACGAACUGGUAACAAAGGGAUAUUAGGAAUUCGUGGUUAUCAGGGCGACAAAGGGACACCUGGGGAUCAGGGACCACAAGGUAUUCCGGGUGAUUCAGGUAUACCAGGGCCACCCGGCCCACCUGGUUCUGUCGGAAUGAAAGGAGUUAAAGGGGAAAUGGGUCCACGUGGACCUCGUGGUGAGGCUGGUAACAUGGGAAUAAAAGGAGUUCAAGGACCACCUGGGCCUAAAGGUCACCCUGGAUUACCAGGUCAGCAGGGUGAUAGAGGCCAACCAGGUGUACAAGGAGAUCAGGGGUCGGAAGGUUUAAUUGGAGAACCUGGACCCCAAGGACCACCAGGAGAAAAUGGUCGACCAGGCCCCCCAGGACCUGCUGGACAAACUGGGCCUAAAGGUGAGGCUGGGGACCCAGGACUCGAAGGACCCGCUGGUUCAGACGGAAUGGCUGGACUUCCGGGUCCUGCAGGUGAUAAAGGGGAACGAGGAGACCCUGGAUUACCGGGUACAGUAGGUCCAAUUGGACCAGAUGGUGAUCAAGGACCAAGUGGUGCACCGGGAAAAAUUGGACCAACGGGACCACCUGGUAAUGUGGGGAAACCUGGCGAAAUGGGUCCGCCAGGAAAUGCUGGUUUACCUGGAAGAACAGGUUUACCUGGUCCUCCUGGAAAAGACGGUCAGAUGGGAAAACAAGGUCCUCGUGGUGAAGAGGGACCUCGAGGACCAGACGGGAAUGCAGGAAUGCAGGGCCCACCCGGGGCUUCAGGUGUUAAGGGUCCUCCAGGAAGCAGAGGACCAACUGGUCCAACUGGAAUCCGAGGACCGCCUGGACUAAUUGGACAACCUGGUCCACCAGGUAAACAAGGAAGUCAAGGAAGACCUGGAAAACCAGGUCCAGAUGGAUUUGAAGGGAAACGAGGUCCACCGGGUGAAAUAGGAGCACCUGGAGUUCCUGGAAGCAAAGGACCAGUGGGAGACGAAGGAGAACCUGGCUCAAGAGGGGCAUCCGGAAACAUGGGUCUUACUGGACCACCUGGUGAUGGUGGACCUCCUGGAUUGCCAGGAAGUCCAGGUUCAAGAGGACCACAAGGACCAAUGGGUGAAGUUGGCCUAAAAGGUGAAACGGGUCUUCCAGGAGUUCCAGGACCAAUUGGGCAACCAGGACCAAUGGGACCACCAGGUAUUCAAGGUCCACCGGGUGAACCAGGACCGCCAGGAAAUGAUGGUCCUCCGGGAGCCAUUGGUUUGCCUGGACCACCGGGAGAGUUUAAAACUGACUAUACAUCAUUGUUUAGUCGUAGAAGAGAUUCAGAUGUUGGAAUGAUGCAAGCAGAUGAACCCCGUAAUAGAGGAAGGAGAAUACGCCGUUCAUAUGAAUGGAGUGAUGAAGAUUAUGACCCAAGCAAAGAAACUGAUCCUAAUGAUGAGGAGGAAGAUAUUUUUGAAGCAUUGCGUCAAGUUGGAAGACUUGUGAAUAGUUUGAAUAGUGGGAGUGGAACACAAUUCAAUCCUGCACGAACAUGUCAUGAUUUAAAAAGAGAUCAUCCAGAGAAAAAAGACGGUAUGUAUUAUGUUGAUCCAAAUGGUGGUCAUUGGAGAGAUGGAAUUAGUGUUUAUUGUCGUUUAAGCGGUUUAGAAACUUGUGUUAGUCCUAUUACAGAACAAAUGUCAUCAAUUUAUUUAUCACAAACUAAACAAAAACGUUUAUGGUAUUCGGAAUUUUUAAUGAAAACAGAAAAUGCUCAAAUAGAGUAUAAUAUACCAAAGGAUCAAUUAGUUUUUCUUCAAAUGUCGAGUGAAGUAGCUAUACAACGAUUAAAAGUGAAUUGUCGAAAUAUACAAAAUAUAUUAGAAAUUAUAUCUUUGUUAAGUGAUAAUAAUGUGUUGAUUGAAUUCAAUGAAACUAUACAAUUAUUUUCUAUUGAAAUAGAAGAAAAUACAUGUGGGCAAAAACAAAGUGGAAGUCUUCUUCUUACUGUACGUACAAAACAACCAUCUUUAUUACCAAUUCGAGAUAUUCGAAUAACAACUAAUGGAUUAUAUGAUUCUGAAUUAUCUCUAGAAGUUGGUACAAUUUGUUAUGGUGGUAUGGAUCCUGAACAAUUCAAUAUAACAGAUAUUGAUAAUAAUAAUAGUAAUAAUAGUAAUAAAGAAGAUUCAAAUCACAAUAUUUAUGAUCAUAUUGAGCAUAAAUCAAAUUUUCAAGUGAAAAAGUCCAAUUUCAACGAAAUGAAUAAUAAUAAUAAUAAUAAUAUUAGACUUGUAUCUGAAUCAUUUUAAUUUAACACUUACUAUGGUUAUUAUUAAUAUUAAGGGAGGAGGUAGGGGUGGUGGAAGAUUUAUAUACUUUUAAAGUAAUAUAAUGAUAAACCAACAAUUACCAUGGCAAUAUAAUCAAUGCUUUAUCUUUAAUCAAGAAAUAUUUGUAAAUCUAUUUCAAAAAUAAAAAUGCAAUAAGAAUAUGAAAAAAAAAGUAUAUUUUAUACAUGAAUUUUAUUAGAUUUUAUUUCAUUUCUAUUUUAUUGGAAGAAAGAUUGGGUUUUCAUAGUGUUUCAAGUUAGUUUUCAUUAUAUUUUAUCUUUAAACUCAUUCAUAAAAGAAUGAAUAUUGUAUGUCAUUGAAUGUCUAAUAGAAUAUAUGAUACAAUAAUCAGUCAAUC